AUGUCGUGGAUACAACUCUACCACAGCCGUGACCCUGACAAGGCUGUCUACGAAGACGCGGUAAAGGCUGUCGACGACGCGUUUACCUACUUGCGGACAAGUCUCGUCGAGGAGUGCGCCGCACCGCUGCUUCGCAUCGACGGCAUUGAUGGCGUCGUCACGUGGCCGCUCUCCCUGGCACAUGCGGCGGCACUCGCGGCACUGGACGUGGCCAACGGCAAAGUGCCCCCGACGGCCUUUUCUUUUGCGCAGCCCAAGAAGUGGCGCCAAGUCGUCAAGAGAGUGCUGUCUCGUGAAGUGGCGUAUGCGAUCACGGACGCCGACCUUGUCCUCUCGCAUCUCGUCGUCGAUGCCGUCGGAAGUAGCGCGGCACUUGUACCGAACGAGAUGCCGCCUGACUCAUAUGGCUACAUGGUCUUGCACUUACCAUCGACGUACGACGGCGGCGACAUGACCUUCGCCUACGGCUACAUCACCGAGACGUGGACGCCCGACAAGGCUAGCGUCGAAAUGGUCACGACCUUCCGCGACUUGAUUGCUACGUCUGCGCCAAUCACAAACGGGGUGCGCAUGGCGCUCGUCUUCCGACUUGUAGUUCAAAACGAAGACGAGGAUGGGUUUCCUAUGCCGUGCGACCACGAGGACGGCAUUCGCGCCUUCAACCAAGUCGCGCAGCUGCCUCUUCACACAAACCACUGCAUUGCGUACUACGAUAUGGACGACCCUCCGACUCCUCUGGAUACGCCUUGGACGUUUGAGACCCUCGGCACGUACGAAGCGGGUUUGGUGCACGCGCUCUUGACCACGGAGCUCUAUGACGUGGCGCUUGUCACAUUUGAACUCGAGUCGGGCGCCGACGUUGCGUUCGAGAAGGUGCUGCGACGUGGCGGCUUUGGUGGAAGCGACUAUGGCUACAGCGAGGACGAAGACGACGAGGAUGCGUACGAGCGCAAAUACAAAAACCAAGUUGCCACGUGCACGCCGCACACCGCGUGCAAUGUUCCGCCAGAAGUCAUCGCGGCGGUCGUGGGCAGUAGCGUCGAUGCUAUUCUGUUUGACAGCACGCCGAUCGACCACCACACGCUCGAGUGCCCUCCGUUCGCGCUUCUCUUUUGGCUGAAAAGGUACCGCGCGAGCAUUCUUGGUCUCGACGACGUCUUGCCGCUUCUACAAGAUGCGGUCACCAACGAUGCAAUGGACCAGCCGCUUCUUGGCCUUCCGUCCGGGCGGGAUGUUCUUCAUGGGGCACUUGGCGUCUUUCGGUCCGGUCACCCCGGUGGCCAUAAUUUGGCCAAAUCAGCUCUCACCACCGUGUGUGACAUCCUCUUGGCACUCGAUGAUUUUGAGCUGGUCCUCGUCUUUCUCCGAGACGCCAUUUUUGUGUGCUACGACAUGCCUCUCUUCGAGACGGCGGCGUGCAUUCAUGCGUGCCUCUCGCGGUAUGGCUGGCCACAACUCGCACCCGCGAUACAUGGUCUCCUGUCGCGCUGGCAUCAACGCACCUUUGAAGCCUCAUCUUGGGUUAAUUGCGGCACCACCCCGCGUCUUCUUGCGAGCCUCGCUGGAAUCACGACCACGACCGUCUGCCCGCCACUUUACCAACCGUUUGUGUGUGAGUUUAUCAAGGGCUGCUAUGACCACGCCUUGCGCCAGCCCCAGUUUCUCCCAGAUUACGACAUGAAUGCCGCCGAUUUCCGUCACUUUGCAGCCAAUAUUGUCCUCCUCGAUUGGUAUUUUGACGAGCUCGCACCGAAUUCGGUCUGUGGCAACUACCUCGGGGCCAUCUUGCCACCAAACAUGCUUCUGGCUGUCGACACCUUUCUGUAUAUACGUCAGCCAAGCACGUUGACGCUGCUCGCGGUGAUGAAGAAGCUGCCACCGAAGAAGCUGCUCGAAUACGUCCCCGAAGCGCUCGAUGCGGCCUUGAAAAGCCAGCCAACGAUGUCCGUGGACCCGUACGUGCACGCCAUUGAGAACGCUCUCGUGACGUUCGAUGCGUCAAGCGUGCAAUACGAAAAGGCUGGAGCCGCCAUCUUUGCGAGCCUCGUCGCUGUGCUGGAGCGAGCAGGCCGAUGUGACGUCGCUGCGUUUCAAAGAUGCUGGACGCUCUUGUUUCCAGCGUCGCUGGCGGGAACGCGACAACGACUGCAAGAGCGGACGUCGCCAUUGCCAGACGAUCUGCGCGCUUGCAUCUCGUCGCUUGUUGUGGCGCUUGCGCCGACGCUGUUGUCCGAAAAUGACUGGCACCCGACGUACAAGGACUGCUACACAUCGUGGGAAUUGCCCGGCUUGUUUGCUGUUGAAGUGCUCGCGAUCGUCGACCCAAGCCAGGUGCCGUCGCUCUUGCAUGGCUGGCUCGACGCCGUGGAUCGUGAAGUGCCGCAAUUGGACGCGGAUCUCGAAGCGAUUUUCAUCGUUGGUGCCCGGGACCCGGCACGGGACCUCUACUAUCCGCUGGCGACGCUGCUGGCAAAGGUCGUCCCGCAGCACGUGGACGAGAUUGAGCGCGUCGUGCAGCGCUGCUUUGCGGUUUUUGGUCCUGUUCGUACGCGCACACCGCUUCCCGACAUCACCGAUUACGUCUUCAGCGACGUUCCACUCGACGCAGAGCACUGUGAUUUGUGUGCGCACUUGGCCGCAUUCUUGGCCGACGGCACAAAGACGACACAGUGUCUGCUGUUCACUACGACGCCAUGCAGUCGAGUGCAGCAAUGCAUCGACACCAACUGUUGUCGCCUGAAGCUGAUCCCCAGCCGUCGGUCGCGUGACUACGUCGUCAAGUUGAAGCCGCAAGGUGGCGUCGACCAUACUCAACUGGCCAAAUAUGUCAAGGCGCAGCAGGUCGACACCGACGACCGCGCUCGUCUUAUGGCUCUGGACGUCAUCUUGGCCGACGUGCAGCGUCGAAAACUACGGUACGACGCGACCACCACCGACGAGGCCGUCCAUCACCAUCACGUCAAGCGCCAACGACAAACCACCGAUUGA